AUGUAAUAAAGUAAGUUUCAGAUAAAUCUAUCAAUGAGUUCAGAUGGUAACUUUGAUAGAUCGAUGUAAGGUUAAUUGUUCAAUGAAAGCAUAGUUAAAUGCCUAAAAGGAGACGAAGAUUUUCAUAGUUAAUCAUGCAUGGAGGGGUUUAUUCAAAUACAUGUAGAAUAAUAGUAAAAUCCUACUAUUGAUUUCUUAAAAAAUUCCAAACAUGAAUCAAAAUAGCAAAAUGUUCAAAAUGAAAUCUUUUAAAAGCAGGAAGAUGCAAAAAUAAUUAAAAAAAAUAGCAUUUUCAAUACAUCGAAUACAUUUUUAGUAGGGAAUGAAAACAAAAUAAAUGAAAAAGCUAGAUCUGAGUCACAAAAUGAGUAGAUUACAAAAUUAGACAAAAACAAAUUGAAUAAUGAAUUUAAAAGUAAAAUAGAAACGCAAAAUGAAUAAAAUAAUAAGGAAAAAGAGCUUGAGAGCCAAUAAAUGAGUAAAAUAUAAAAAGAAAAAUAGAAUUCCUAAAAGGUUUUGAAAAUAAACAAUUAAAAAACUAAUAAAAUUGCAACUUUCUAAGAUUAAUCUAUCAUACAAUUUCAUUAGCUGAAAAGCGAAAUGGGUAAAAAGAGUAUACUGAAUUCUGAAAAGGCUUCAUUUAUGUUAAGCAACGUAAUAAAUAAACAGAUGAAUAAAAUUUAAAUAAUCAACAAGCAUGUCAAGAAAUUCAUUAGUUAACUUCAAUUUAGAAUGAAUAAUAGAAAAAUGAGUGCUUUGCAAGACUGCUAAUACAAAUUACUUGAUGAUGUUUCUUACUACAACAGAAAAUAAAUUAAAAGAAAACUGAUACAUCAUAUUUUUAUUUUUUUUAAUUACAUAACAAAAUUAAAGAUUCCACUUCCUGUAUUCAUGCCCACCUAAGCUUUCAGGGUUUAUUGGGAUGUUUUUUUAGUAAUUUUCACAUAUAUAUUCCUCUUCAUUUAUUCCAUUUUAAUAUUCUUCUAUUAAGAAUAUUAAAAUAUCUAAUUUGUUGAUUUAUUUUUUCAGAUCCCUUUUGCUGUCUUUCUCUUAGAUUUUUUACUUAAUCUGAACACCGCAUUCUUUAACAAAGAUGCCAUUGAAAUAAAUAGAAAAAAAAUAAUCUAAAAAUAUUUCUCCUCACAUAUAUUUUUUACUGAUGCAAUAUGUUUGUUUGUAAUAGGCUCUAACGUCAUAGCAAACUAUGAUUUAAUUUAUAACCCAAAGAAUAAAUUUAGUACAUUUUCUUAUAAUGUACUUAUUUUUCUUAAGCUAAAUGGUUUGAACUCUAAGACAAGCAGGUUUAGCUACGUUUUCAUUUUAAAAGAAAAUCAGAAGCAUAUUUUAAAAUUAUUCAAUUAACUGCUUGGAGUAAUUACUAUUGCACAUAUAGUUUGUAUUGCUUGGUACUGUUUAGGUUUAUAUGAACAAAAUAAUGGAUAUGCUAACUCUUGGUUGGAUAAAUAUGGUUUCACAGAUCUAAGCUAAAUUUAAAAAUAUAUUUAUUCUUUAUAUUGGUCAAUAACAACAAUGACUACAGUUGGUUAUGGAGAUAUUUCUGCAACUAAUGAUAUUGAAGCUUUAUUCAUUUUAAUUAGUAUGAUACUUUUUAGUUGCGUGUUUGCUUAUUCUAUAAACAAUAUUGGGUUUAUACUUUAGGAAAUAGAAAAAUCCUCCAAGCAGCUUAAUGAAAAUAUAACUACCAUUUAAAGAUAUUUGAAUAGGAAAAACGUUAAUAUGUCUCUUUAAAGUAGAGUAAGACAUUACCUUUAAUUUUUAACUGAAGAGUAAAAAGACAGAGAUUAGAAUGCAGAAAACUAAAUAUUUUAAACACUAUCAAACAAAUUGAGAGAUGAAAUAACAAUAGAAGUUAAUACUAAAAUCCUUAAAAAUUACUCUAUUUUCAAUGCUAAUUUCUCACAUUAGACAAUAAGAAAGUUACUAUUUGCCAUGUAGGAGGUCUUAAUCUCCCCUAAUGAAAUUAUAUUUGAAGAAGGAGAUCAUGAAGAUUAAUCAAUAUAUUUUAUAGAAAGUGGUUUGAUAGAAAUUUAUUAAACACAAACUUAAAAUCAAGGAGGUACUAACAACUGUAAAAAUAAAGUUCAUUUGAUAAAGUAACUAACAAAAAAUUAAGUUUUUGGAGAAAUUUCUUUUUUUUCAGGACUGGCCAGAUCUGCCUGUGCUAGGAGUGUAAAUUUAUCUACCCUUUACAAGUUAGAGAAAUAGAAAUUCUUAGACAUUAUAAAGAUUAAUUAAGAAGAUUUUGAGCGUUUUAAAAUGUUAGAGGAAUAAAUUCGAAUCCAGUAAGACCUAUCUUCAGUUUAUUUACAAUGUUAUGCUUGUAAUACUCAAGGACACUUUGCUAAAAAUUGCCCUUACAUACAUCAAAUAUUUGAUGCUUAAUUUAUUAAUCUUUAAUAAAACUUUAGCAUCUUCUAAGAAAGAUCAACAAAUUUUUAAAGAAAAUUGAUUUAAAAAAAAUACAAUCCAAGAUUGUACAUUAAAUAAAAUAAGAAUAUUUGUAGCACUUUGAAGGAGAAAUUGCAAAAUUAUAACUCAUAUGCGUAAAUUAUGAUGCAGUCUGAAAUAGACUUGCUAUCAAUUACAUCUGAGAAAAAGAAGUAAUACCAACAAGAAUAUUAAUCUACAUUCUAGUCUUAGCCAACUUCAUUUCAAAAUCUAGAUUCAAGAUAAGAAAUAUAAGAAGAUUUAGAUUAACCAAAGCUAGAUAAAUAAACUUCUUCGUAAAAUGAUAAGAUUAAAAAUUCAAAAGCAAGAAAGAUAAGCUGUAAAACUCCAAAAUCUUAAAAAAGAUUGAGUUCUAUCAUGAAUGAAGAAAACAAACAAGAUUGUAGUUAAAAAGAAUUAGAAAAUUUGGAUAAUACAAAUAGUGAGUUAAGUAGUAUCAAUAAAAAUCAACUGCAUUUAAAUAAUUUUACUUAUAUUUAGAGUUAAAUUAUUUAAUAAGAAGACCCUUAUUAACACAAAAGCGCACCUUAUUUAGAAACUUACAAUGACAAAUAAAAUAGAUAAAGUAUUGAAAAAAUUCAAAAGUAGUAAGAUGAAUUGAACUUGUAAGCAACUUAUAACGACUACAACGAAAAUAAGCAGAGAUCUGUAAAUUCAAAAUUCUAAGAUUAGUCUAACAGAGAUCUUUCUAGUCAAAUUUAUUUGGAAAAAAUUGAAGAAAAGCAAAAAAUUAAAAGUAAAAAUAUUCCAAUUCAGAUAAAAUUUUAAGGUUCAACAAACAAUGCUGAUCAUAUUUAUAGCAAUAAUAUGGUUUAUGAAGAAUAAAUUAAAUCAUAAUUGCAAGAUUAAAACCUAAAUACAUAAGAAAAGCGUAGUUCUAACUUUGAAUUUUUACAUAGUACUAAUAAGCUUGAAGAGAUAAUUCAAACAACACCUGCUGAGAGUAACUUGUACGUGAGUAGCGACGAAAGUGAUUAGCAAGUUUAAAAUUAAAAAAAAUUAACUGCUCAAAACUCUUCGAUAUUUAAAAAAGCUAAUUCUAACCUAAUGAAUCAAAACCUCUAGCUUUUGCCUUAAAUUAUUAAUAAUUUAGCUUCUAAAACUAAUCUUUGCAGUCAAGUAGAUUCUUUCUAAUAAAUAGAAUUGAUUGAUAAAAUAUCUAAAUUCUUGAACAGGCAAAGAGAUAGCUACAUAGAAUCUAAACAAAUUGUUAAUGUAAAUGAAAAUCCAAAUCUAAAAAACUUAUAAUCAAUUACUGAAAAUUUUGAUAGAAUUAAAAAUUAUAAAAAAUUUUUCCCACAUAACAAUUUUGAUUUCAUAUUUAUGUAACAAAAGCACAAAAGGAAUAAAAAGUAUAAAUCAAAUAGGUAACUAGGAUAAAAAGGAAAACGUCCAUAUCCUUGUUCAUCUAGUAAUUUCAUCAGAAAUUAAUAAAAUGAUGUUUAAAACUCUAAAGGAUUAAUCCCUGGUAUUAAUUAUGAAUUAUACAAACCAACUUUUUUAUCUUAUGGAGUUCCACAAUUAUCAGAUUCCAUCUAUCCUAAAUACUUAGAAAAAACAAAUAAUAUUACCUAGUCAAAAUUAUAAAAUUGA